GAGGUUACCCCCGCCCAUGAAUUCAUCCCCAUAAUCCUGCUGCCCUAGCCCCUCUCUCUUCCCCACCCCUGUGGCUGUGUCUGUCCCAGGGUCUCCAGCCGGUCACCCACCUCCUCCAGUCCUCUCAUCCUUGACUGAACAUCACCUAGGAGCAGCUGAGAGAAAAGAGGCGACAUGUCAGCCGCCGAGCGCUUUGACUGCCAUUACUGCAAAGACUCCCUGCUGGGGAACAAGUAUGUGACGAAGGAGGACACACAGUACUGCACUAAGUGCUAUGAGAGCCUGUUCUCCAACUGCUGUGCCGAAUGCACGGCGCCGAUUGGAUGCAACAGCAAAGACCUCUCCUACAAAGACCGCCACUGGCAUGAGCAGUGCUUCAAUUGUGCCAAGUGCAGCCGCUCUCUGGUGGAAAAGGCCUUCGCUGCAAAGGACAACCAGCUCCUGUGUACCGAAUGCUACUCCCACGAGUACUCCUCCAAGUGCACCACCUGCAAGAAGACCAUCAUGCCAGGUUCUCGCAAAAUGGAGUACAAGGGGAGCAGCUGGCACGAGACCUGCUUCCAGUGCAACCGGUGCCGGCAGCCAAUAGGAACCAAGUCCUUCAUCCCCAAAGACACCGGUUACUUCUGUGUGCCCUGCUUUGAGAAGCAGUUUGCCUACCAGUGCUGCGCUUGUAAGAAAGCCAUCACCGUAGGCGGGGUGACCUACCAGGAGAAGCCCUGGCACCGGGACUGUUUCCUGUGCAUUGGCUGCAAGAAGCCCCUGUCUGGGAAGCGCUUCACCUCCCGGGAGAACUUCCCCUACUGCCUGGACUGCUUCAGCAACCUCUUCGCCAAGAAGUGUGUGGGCUGCACCAAGGCCAUCACCAGUCUGGCCGGGGCCAAGUACGUCUCCUUCGAGGAGCGCCAGUGGCACAGCGAGUGUUUCACGUGCACGCUGUGCUCCGUGUCUCUGGUGGGGCGGGGCUUCCACACCCAGCGAGACAACAUCCUGUGCGCUGACUGCGGCAGGGAGAAGUGACCUCGUUGACAGGAUGAGGAAAGGGGUGGUGCGAUCUUGAUCAGAUCACUUAUCAGAAUCAGAAGCAUUUUUUCUUCUUAAUCUCCUUCUGUGUUUUCUGUCUCUUUUGUGUACUUUCCCCAAACUAAUCAAGCUCUCAUUGUGAUCGUUGAAGGAAAACACAUUUGAUUGUUAGGAUAGGCCCGUUUCACAGUGGUGCACAUGCCUACUCGUAUGUCACAAGUUAUUGGGAGAAAGCUUUUCAAAAGUGCAGAGAGAGAGAAGCUGAUGUAGUCUUCCAGCCCGAGAUGAAAUAUAAACCCCUGGUUCUCGAUACACAGCCACUUAAUGGAUAAUAGUGAGGUGCUCAAAUUGAUCUCUUCCUCCUCUUACGCUUGUAGCAU